AUGACGUCCCGGCCGCCGUCUUUACUCGCAGCCACCACCACAAGCGCGCUGGUAUACGCAUUUGGAACUGACCAGCCUGAUGGACCAAGAUACCAGGACCAGACCCGGGGCCAGCGUGAUCUGCUCACCCAGAUCGUGAUCAGCGUCAGCUUUGGGCUCAGCGCAUUCAUCACAUUUUGCUUCCUACGGCCAAAAUGGAGUGCUCUAUACGCUGCGAGGCGGAAGACGAGGACCGCUGCAUCAAGGCUACCCGACCUCCCUGAUUCCUUGUUUGGGUGGAUUCCUGUACUAUUUAAGAUCUCCGAUGAGGAAGUCCUUGCUUCAGGGGGGCUCGAUGCAUUUGUGUUUCUAUUAUUCUACAAAUACUCCAUCCACUUCCUUUCCAUCGUCUUUUUUUUCUCCGUCGUUGUGAUUCUCCCCGUGCGGUAUUCAUACACGGGGGAAAGAGGUUACCCCUGGGAUGGUGACCGAGGAGAUAAACCUGCUGGUGACUCGGAUAAGAAGCAGAAAACAGACCCGACCUUCCUCUGGCUAUAUGUGGUGUUCUCAUACGUGUUUACAGGAGUGGCGGUCCAUCUCCUUAUCCGCUACACGAACAGGGUCAUACAGAUACGGCAGAAAUGUCUAGGAGGGCAAACCACCAUGGCAGAUAGGACGAUUAGGCUCUCUGGAAUCCCAGUUGAUUUACGAUCCGAGGACAAAAUACGGGGUUUCAUCGAAGGGCUAGAAAUUGGGAAUGUUGAAAGCGUCAUGCUUUGCCGCGAUUGGAGAGAGCUGGAUAGGCUGAUGGAAGGAAGAAAGCGCACUCUUCAACGUCUUGAAGAAUCAUGGGCCAAAUAUCUCCGUUAUCGAAAGAGCAAGCCCGGUGGGGUGGCUAGUCGGACGAACCGGAUAGCUCCACAGAUUGAUACAGACGAUACUGCAGAGGAUGCUCGUUUGCUCUCGGAUGAGCCUAAUACACAUCAGAAUUAUAUUUUGGAGAAUCCAGGAGCUCGCCCUAGAACCAGGAUAUGGUUUGGCCCGCUGAAAAUCCAGUUCAAAUCUAUCGAUGCGAUCGACUACUACGAGGAGAAGCUACGGCAAUUGGACGAAAAAAUCGAAAUUGCUCGCCAGCAGGAGUGUACCCCCGGAGCACUAGCAUUUGUCACUAUGGAAUCCAUUGCCGCUUGUCAAAUGGCGGUCCAAGCUAUCCUCGACCCUUGGCCAAUGCAGCUUGUUGCCAAUCUAGCACCUGCUCCAGCAGAUGUUGUUUGGCAACAUACCUAUCUAUCUCGGGCCGAAAGGAUGAUACGAGGUUGGACUAUUACAACCGUAAUUUGUGUUUUGACCGUAUUCUGGUCCCUAUUACUUGUUCCGCUUGCUUAUCUUCUCAACUUGGAGACCCUGGAGAAGGUGAUUCCCCGGCUUGCAGAGAUAUUAUCAGAACAUCCACUGCUCAGAUCCCUUAUGCAAACUGGUCUUCCUACAUUGACGCUAUCUUUGCUCUCGCUGGCAGUUCCAUAUAUAUAUGACUGGUUGGCCAAUGUACAAGGAAUGACCUCUCAAGGAGAUGUUGAGCUUUCGGUCAUCUCAAAGAAUUUCUUUUUUACAUUCUUUAACCUGUUCCUUGUCUUUACCGUCUUUGCUACAGCUUCGAAUUUUUACGGUCUUUGGGAAAACCUUCGCGAUGUCUUCAAAGAUACAACAACUAUUGCAUUUGCUCUUGCUCGAUCCCUUGAAAAACUUGCUCCUUUCUACACCAACCUAAUCGUCCUACAGGGCCUGGGACUGUUUCCAUUCCGCCUUUUGGAGUUUGGAAGUGUAUUCUUAUAUCCAUUCCAACGAAUGUUCGCAGUCACCCCUCGCGACUAUGCCGAUCUACGAAAACCUCCCAUCUUUAGCUAUGGCUUUGCUCUGCCUCCGACUAUCCUUAUAUUCAUAGUCUGUCUCGUGUACAGUGUUUUCCCCAGCUCAUGGCUCGUCUGCCUGUUUGGAUUGAUAUACUUCAGCAUUGGCCAGUUCAUUUACAAAUACCAACUUUUAUACGCCAUGGAUCACCAACAGCAUUCCACUGGCCGAGCAUGGCCGAUGAUAUGUAGCCGAAUUAUACUCGGCUUGGUGGUGUUUCAAUUGACUAUGAUUGGUAGUCUUGCGCUUCGGUCAGCUAUUACGCGGUCCAUCCUGAUCGUUCCUCUCCUCGCCGCAACAGUCUGGUUUUCCUACUUUUUCACACGAACUUAUGAGCCUUUGAUGAAAUUUAUCGCACUUCGAAGCAUCGAUCGUAGCCGUGAUGCUGACAGCAACCUAUCGCCGACUCCUAGCUCGAACUUCUCUCCGCCCUCACAGUGGGAUAGAGACGCCAUACCUCUUCGGUUACGCGGUCGGGAUAUUGCUCCUAGGUUGAGAAAAUACAUCAACCCGAACUUGGUUAUUCCUCUUGAUCCUGCGUGGAUUCCGGGCCAGCCUGAGAAUUACGAUAAUGACUUUGCCUCAUUUUCACAAAACGGUAUCUCCGUCCCCAAUCAGGAAGCAGUUUAG